ACUUCUCUCGUGAAAAGUUAUCCUCUCCAUACUUAUUUAGACACCCUUGAUCUAAGUACAAUGUAAUCUAGUACAGUAACUAAUUAUUCAAUGUAAAUCCUUAAAACCCACUAGUGCAUUGAUCCAUUUUUAACAGUGUCGAUAUUUCAGGACGGUAAAUAAAAUAUUACAGUGUAUGGAACAUCUAUACCAAUAUUAAGUUUAUGGUAGUGCUUAUCGUGAUUACUGUAUUGUGAUAGUAUUUAUAUUUGAUACGUGUUACGUUUUACAUGAAUUCAAAUACCAUAAUGAAACAAAUAUCUAUAAUUGAAUACAUUGUUUAGUUUAAUCUCAGAAAGCAACAAUUUAUAAAAAUCUAGAGAAAUGAUCGAUUCAAUGGACAAACACUUCUUUGUUAAUUUCAAUAACCUAACUUAAACAGAUUUGACAGGAGAUCAAACAGAAGACCUAUUUUUUAUUCAAAUUAUUGAGAAGUGAAAAUGAGCUCAAAAAAUGAAUAUCGCAGGUCGAUAGACGAAUAUAAGCCAGCUGAUCCAAUAAAAAGGAAGAUCGGACCUUAUUGGUUCUUGGCUGCUUUAAGAAUUAUUCUCACGUUAAUUCCUCAAACGGGAUAUGUUCAUCCUGAUGAAUAUUUUCAGUCUAUUGAAGUUGUGUCUGGGGAUUAUUUUGAUAUUGAUGUUCACAAACCAUGGGAAUUCAAUUCCACAUUUCCUAUAAGAACUGCUUUAAUACCACAAAUUACUAUUGGUAUACCAUACUCAAUCUUAACAAAAGUUUCACAGUAUACACUUUUCUAUUUUGGUGUGUCAUUAAAAACACCUUAUUUUCUUGUAUUACUUCCACGUUUGUUAAUGUGCGGCAUGUCCUUUGUAUCAGACUAUUGCCUAUACAAAAUAUGCUAUAUGUAUGGGCAAAAUUACAAAAUAAGACUAAUCACUUAUGCCAGUUCCUAUAUUAUGCUUGUUUAUGCAACUCGUACAUUGUCGAAUGUUGUUGAGUUGAUAUUAACAGCUUUAUUAUUGUACUAUGCAUCAUACUGUAUGGUAUAUUCAGAAAAGGUAGUUGUUCAAAGCGACUAUCUUUCAGAUAAAUAUGAUAAAGCACAAACUGGAGUAGAAAGAGUGAAAUAUUACAAGCUUAAAGCUUCAUUACCCCCACAUUCUUUAAAUCAUUGCUUCAAAAUUGCAACUAUUACUGUAAUCGGUAUAUUUAAUAGACCAACAUUUAUUGCAUUUGCCUUUGCCCCUAUCUUCUUCUGGUUGCAAAGAGGUCUAGGUUCAAGAAGUGUAGGUUUUGUAGAUUUUCACACUCGAAUAUUCACAUUCCUGGCAUGUGGAGUACCUGUCGCUGUCUUUUUUAUUUUAGUUGACAGUUUUUAUUUUGGUUAUUUAACAAUGGCAGAAAUAGGUAGUCUUGAUAUUAGUAUGAACAGCUUUGUGGUAACACCGCUUAAUUUCUUGAAGUACAAUGCAAAUAACAAAAACCUACGAAAUCACGGAUUGCAUCCUCAUUACGUGCAUUUCAUAGUAAAUGUACCACUUUUAUUUAAUGUUCUUGGAAUUAUCGGUCUGUUUACAUUUGGAAAAAUGCUACACAGUGGCUUAAAAGCUCGUUGGUUGGAGUUACCACGUAUACAAAGCGUUGUUGGUCUGAUGACUGCAUCUUUUAUUACACCUAUUUUAAUGCUAUCAAUUUUUCCACAUCAAGAACCUCGAUUUAUAAUACCAACAGUUCUACCUCUGGUGUUUUUGUACGCGCCAAAUUUAAAUCAAAUAUCAGGAGUCGAUACUGUUGCACGAAUUGUUGAAAAUAAUGCAUACAACAAUAGUUCUGUACCAAAGAAAAAGUUUACUAAAUUGCAAGUGUUUUGGUUCACGUGUAAUAUUGCAUUAGCAUUCUUUUAUGGGUUUGCUCAUCAAGGUGGCGUUCUGCCUCUAACAUCUCACCUAGCUACCGAAUUAAAAGCAAAACCAGAAUUAACUCAUAUACAUUUAUUUACAUCACAUACUUACUCCUUACCAACUGCACUUUUACAAUUAAGAAAUACUAAGAAAACUUAUUUGAGUAGUGGAAAUCAUAAGUAUAAACUAGUUAAAGAUUUUCAUCUUUACGAACAGGGUUCAAAAUCUAUUAGUAAUGUGUGUAAUAUUAUUGCCUUAAAACUUCAUGAAUGUGAACAGAAAUAUGUUAUCAAAAGGGUACCAUAUAGAUUGUAUUAUGCUCUUCCUGCCACUGACAUGGAAGAAUUUAUUUCUAUUCAAAAUAACACAAAUCUAUUUAAUUACCAUAUUGUAAAUAGAUUUCAUCCGCAUGUUACGGUCGAGAAAUUACCAUUCUCAUCCAUUUCUAAUGACAUUAUGCAUUUAACAAAUGUAAACACCGUUUCAGUGCGAUUAUUCAUUGAAAUCAUGGAUGACGUAUUGAAUGCGUUUCAACAAUUUCAAUUAUUCUUGAUACGAAUAGAAUAUGUAAUGCACGAGAAACAGAAAAGUAAACAUUUUUAAUUUGAUUAUUUAUUUGUACAAAAUAAAAUUAAUUUUCAUGUAUUUGCUAUCAAGUUAUCUCUUGGGGUUGGUACAUUUGUUACAGCAACAGAAUAAAGAAUUAAAGAAAGAAACUAGAAUAUUGUGAAUUUAAAAAAAAUAUCCUUAUAAAUUAUAAAUCGUUUGAGAUCACCAAAUUGGAGGUCUAUAAUAAAUAGACGAAAUAAUUCUAUUCUAAUAGAAAGACCUAAUCUAUCUACAAAGAUUGUUAAAAAUAAUUGAUUAUACAUAAUUUUGUCGGAUUGAAAUCAUUCAUAGAUUUUCUAAUUUUGAAUCUACAAUUUGAUUUCUAUUAUAGUUAUUUUCAUCUUUACUAUUGAUUUAAUCAUAAUUCUAUAUAGAAAAAUAGAAUACAAAGUUAUUGCGACUUUCUAUUUUUAGUUCGGUAAAAUACGUUAUUAAGAAAUAGAAAUCUUAUGUAAAUAUAAAAUUAAAUUACAAAUAAUUUGAUUAUCUGGAAAUAAAAAAGUUUAUAUAUUUACUAUUUGUUAUUUACUCAAAAAGAUGAGAAAUAUUUGUAAAAUUAUUCUUAAAUUAACGAUUUUAUUAACUAAUAUUAUUGCUGUUCUUCUUCAAAAAAUUUUUGAACACAAGUUACACCAAAUUUAGAACUUCUCGAGAUGCUAAUUUUCCCAAACAUACAGUAAAUAACAAAUAGAGAAGCUAACAACAUUUCUAUUUUGUAAAUCAUUUACAAAUGUUAAAAAAUUCAUAUAUAGUAUUGGUGACCAAUUCACCAACGCGUAUUUGCACUUCAGUUUUCAUUAUAUGUCCACGGCAACUCUUCAUUAAAUUUACUUCGAUGAGCAGCGUUGCGCGCUGCAAAUAAUCGCUAAAAGGUAAUUUAAAAAUUAUAGAUUACGAUUAUUUAUUAAAAAAAGUAUUCUACAUUUUUUCAAUUCAACGGAUAUUGAUACAUGUACUCAAGUCAUAACUUACUGGAUUAUCGAUGUAUGCCUCACAUCUGUAACACCACACCGACAAGUCGCUAAAACUCAAUGCCAAUGGGUGUUUUAAUUCCUCAGCAUGUAAGAGACCAUGUUGAUUAAUAUUACGUGCACAAUGUACGGUAUAACAUUGUAAACAAAUCCAAUUUUCAAUAUUGGUGUUACAUUCUGCACAGGGCAAAUGUACAUCGAUUCCUGAAGCUGGAACAUCCCUGACACUAUCUAGAUGUGGGCACUCUCUUAAAGGUAUCACUGCGAACAUAUCACCAGCUACCAAUGCCUAUUAAAUUAUAAAACUGUAAAUGCAUUUGUAUUCUUUUUUAGCGGCAUCUUAAACAAGAAAUUAUACUACUUACUUGCAAAUUCUCGGAUAAGUAGUCAUACAAAUUUCUAGCGCUACCAGUUUGAGCAACAGCUCCUUCUGUAUGUUCGCCACUGCUACCUGGUUCAGAGUUAUCAAAAUUUUUAUCAGAAAUUGCUUCUUUCCCGGGUUGAUUUACACAUUGCCUUUUACAUUCAGAAACUGAAAAAUGAAAGAAUCAUUACUUCUUCUAUAAUAUUCAUUUCUAAUUCACUGUACCUUUAUCUUCACAAAUAUCAACAGCUGGCACUUUCAUUGUUUUACUAUACGUUUUCUCAGUAGUUUUCAAAAUAUUUUCAUGAGAGGAAUUCUUUAUUUUAAUAUUCUCAACCUCGUUUUGUAAUUUUAGAAUUUCUUCGUCUGUCACAGAAUUUUUAUCAAUUGAAAGUUUCAGUUCUAAUUUUUCACUUUCAAUUUCUUCCAGCGCUAUCUUAGAUUCAGAUUGCUUGAAAAGCUCGUCUGCAGUUUUCAUUUGUUCAUUUAAUUUGGUAUGCUUCAAUUUAGCUUUGGGUAGUAUGUUUUCUUUUGGUAGAGAAACAUUGAAAAUUAAAUUUGGCCAAUACUGUUUCUGCGUUUUUAAAACGUUAUUUAUGGAAUUAAUGGCGCUAGAACAUGGGAUUAGACCACUUUCUAACAUCGGCAAAGGGUCUCCGAGUAACGUUUUAGUACAAAGUGCCAUUGCAUGUGAAAUUGAAUUAAUAUUGUAUCCUCCUUCGAGACUAAGAAUUACACGGCCAUUAGCUAAUGUUGAUAACCAAUGUGUUAAAUGACCAUACAUCUCUGGACUUACAAGACACCCUAGAAAAAUAUCAAAUAUUUCAAUAAACCAUUUAAAAUGCUAUAAAACAUAAUUUAAUUGUAAAAUUAGUUUAUAUACCUCCAAGAGGAUCACCAAUACAAGCAUCAAAACCCGCAGAAACUAAAAUCAGUUCUGGAUUAAACUGAUAAGCAAUUGGCAUUACCACUUGUUGAAACGCUGCUAUAUAUUCAGCAUCGCCCAUGCCCUUCUACAUAUUAUCGAUACAAAUAUAUACAUAUUAAUUUUAUUUUAAACUUAAAAUAAAUCGUCGUAUAGAAAUUUUCGGAAACUAACUUUAUUCCAUGGUACAUUGACAUUGAAACCUUCCCCUGCUCCAGAACCAACAUUGGUAUAAUUAGCAUUCUUAGAAUUUGGGAAGAAACCUCCAUUGUCAUAUCUAUGAACAGAUAUAUAAAGAACUCUUGAAUCUUCUUCAAAAAUAGACUGAGUCCCGUUACCGUGGUGUACAUCCCAAUCCACUAUUAGCACUCUGAAAAUUAUAAUAUAUAAUUACUCUAUGCUAAAGUAUACUGAGAGCAUAUAGGUAAAAUUAUAACUACUUUGUUAAAUGGUGACAUUCUAUGGCAUAUUUAGCUGCUAUAGCAAUAUUAUUGAAAAUACAGAAACCACAUGGCAUGUCCUCCUCUGCGUGAUGUCCCGGCGGUCUUAUAAUAGCAACACCACACUGACUUUCUCCAUUUAAUACACUAUUCACUACUUGUAAUAACGAUCCAGUAGAUACACGGGCACUUGUCCAAG